AAGAAAAAAGAAGAAGAAGCGCCAGCUCCAUUGCCAUUCAACUCAAAAUGGCGAACUUCGAUCGCAACAGGAGAGACCACCGCGACGACAGAGGGCCGCUGGAGGAGGGAGGCAGAGUGAAAACUAAGCCUGUCUCUUGUAGCACGGUGGGCGGAGGAGCGAGCAAACUCAAACGCACAUCCCAGCAUCUUUCAUCCGAAGAUGAGGACGAAAGCCGGUCAGACCCACCAGCGCCCCUGAAAGCCUCCAAAAUAGGCUUCGGCAUGAGCAGCCACACCGGGAAAAAGGCCAAUCCCAUUUCUAUCAAGCUUGGCGCAAGUAAACCCAAAGAGCCGGUACCAACAGCCCCUCCUAAAAAGCUUGGACUGGCAUCUGUUUUCAAUGAGGAUGAUGAUAGCGAGCCUGAGGAGAUGCCCCCAGAGGCGAAGAUGAGGAUGAAGAACAUUGGCAGGGAGACGCCGACGUCGGCUGGACCUAAUUCCUUCAACAAGGGCAAGCAGGGCUUCUCUGAUAAUCAAAAACUUUGGGAGAGGAAGCUGAAGGCACAAAGUGACAAAUAGUGAAACAAAACCUUUUCUCUCCAAUCAUGGCUUUUUUUUUUUUUCCUUUUUUUUUUUUAAAGUUAUGGUGAAACCACACCUUAGCGCUCUGCAAUGGCUUACAUUGCGGAUGCGCUACAAAGCAUACUUUAAGCCUUUUAGGAUUCUCAGUUUAUGACCUCGCAGCUGUUGUGCUGAGCAAUGAGAAACACGGCAACUUGCUGCACGUCAUAUCUAACGGCCAAUAAGAAAAGCUCACUGAUCCCUUUUCUUCCUGCUUCUCCGUACGUGUAGCUAGUGAGGUGUACUUUGGAGAUAUUUUGUGUAUAAAUGUAUAUAGAAGUGUGGUUGUUACGUUUAAUUUUUUUAAAUUUUUUGGCUUGUUUUUAUCCUUAGUAGGGAUGUGUCAGAGUGGAACAUUUCUGGUACAUUUCCAUAGAAAGUUGAGCUGGGGAAAUUUGGGAAAUAUUCCAAAUAAUGAGUAUUAACCCAGUGAUGGUAGGAAAAACCUUGUCAACUGGGACACUUACUAGUCAAAGGACCCCGUACUUGUAUGAAAUUGGGUUAUUUUAGUCAGGAUUAUACCAAAAUAUACUUUCCCCGACCGUAAUUCCUUUUUAUUCCCACAAAUUCCCAUGGAAAGUUUCCAAGUUUACCAGAAUUUUGCAACCCUAAUCCAUAGCUACAUGUUAUGUUCUAGAGUGACUGUGAAAUAUUCCUUUGUUGCAUCUUUUUUUUUUUUUUUGCCAGCUGUGCUAGCUCCCCUAACAGCCCCCCCCCCAAAAAAAAUCCAAUCCCCCCGACACACGGCAGCCUCUGAUGUAUUUUAGCGGUUUAUUACUUAAUGAAAUUACACAUGAAGCGUCUCUUGUUUUAUUGGUCACCCGAAAACUCAAAUCGUAUUUUAAGUGUGGAAUCACGCAAAUAUCUGCUGCAGAAAUAACAUGAGAGUAGUAAGCCUAUUUCGACACAAAGGAGUACAAGGAAAGACAUGCUGUAAAUCCUGCCAAGGCUUACUGCUCACUGAGAUGAGGUGUUGAGAUCUUUUGUCUUCUUUCCUUUCAGUUCCCUUCAGCUCCUAAAUCAACAAUAUUAACAAUUUGUAUUUCAGAAUCGGUUACCUAAACUCUAUGACUGCUCACUAACAGAAUACAUUUUAAUGGACAGUCCAAUAAACAUUGUGGAAAAUG